CCCGGGAGCGGCCCUUCUUCAUGGCGGCGGCGGCUCCUCAGCGGCGGCGGAGCGGCGGCCCCCGCGGCGCGCAGCCGGCCAUGGCCGGGAAAGACUGGAACACGGAACAAAUGAAAAUGGAGUUCACCAUCUCUCUACUGGAAAAAAUGAACUGUACUGAUUCAUUCUCAAGGAAUAACCAGACCAUAUAUCCUUAACUCUUCAUCUCCUGUCUCAUUUGAGCUAGUCAUAGCCAUUGAAAGCUUUCCUAAUGUGAACAGGGCCACAAACUGUGUCACAAAACAGCAGAGUUACAAGAAGCAAGUUUUCCUGGGAUUAAUAAAGGAUGCAUGGGAGCAGCUUUCCAUAAAAAUCUGCGAAGCCACCUUGUUGUCCUCCUUCAGAUCGCUCCUUAAAACUCUCCUCUACUGUGAUGCCUACAAAAAACAAUGGGCAAGUGCAGAAUGAAGAUGUUCAAGUUUGCUGUAGUCCUAUUUUUUGCUAUCCUAGCAACAUCUACCUGCAAAUGGGAUAGAUGUCUGGAGGGGGGAACUCACAAGCACAGACCAAGCCCUGAGCCGGACAUCCAUGAAUGCACACUGUACUUUGAAUCUUCCUGUUGUUAUGCAAACUUCACAGAGCAGUUGGCUCAUUCACCAGUAAUUCAAGUAAGCAACAGCUACUGGAACAGAUGUGGGAUUCUCAGUAAAUCCUGCGAGGAUUACAUGAAGAAAAUCGAAUGUUUUUACCGGUGUUCGCCGCAUGCCGCUCACUGGAUCAAUCCCAACAACACUGCUGGUAUUGAGUUUGUUCCUUUGUGCCAAAACUUCUGUGAUGACUGGUAUGCAGCAUGUAAAAAUGACUCCACCUGCAUCCGCAACUGGAUGACAGAUUGGGAAUGGGAUGAAAAUGGAGUGAACCACUGUAAAAACGAAUGCACCCCCUACAAUAAGGUGUAUGCAAAUGGGACUGAUAUGUGCCAAAGCAUGUGGGGAAACUCAUUAAAGGUGAGCGAAUCCUACUGCCUCUGCUUGCAAAUGAACGAGAAGGAUGCGGUGGCGAUCAAGUAUUUAACUUCCAAAAGCUCGGAGGAGAGUUCCAGUGUUGGUAGCAGCGAGGAGCGUGCCUGCAGGCGCAAACUGCAAAAGGCUGAGCUCCUAACGGAAGAGGAAGGCGUAGAAAUAGAGGUGUUUGAAAUUCUGUGACAGAAGGGACCUGGUUUGAAUCCUCCCUGAAGAUCACCAGACUGAUGCCUCAGGAUGUCAGAGAAUGUUCUGUUUCCAUUCUCCACUGCCAGUAUUGCCAAAGCUAAACCAAAAUCUACACUAAUUGUAAGGGGACAUUAUCCUGAUAAUAGUGGAUCAAAUUCUGCCCUUGGUUACACUUGUGCAAUCUCUUUGAUGCUGGUAAAGUGCCAUGGAUCUGUCUGUUUUUCUAAGUGACCUAUCACAGUGAUGUCACCAGUGUAAUUCAAAAAAGGAUUUGGUUUCAGUGGGUCAGAUUCUUGGCUGGUGUAAAUCAGAGGUAUGCUGAUCUACACCAGGUGAAUAUCUGGGCCACAGCUUUUAAAAUGUUGUGGCUCAUAUUAGCAAUAAAAUGAAGCAUUUUAAAAAUCCAA